UCUCUCCCCUUCAUAGCACGCGAAGCCAGCGCCCUCGCUCCCCCUCCAGCCCGCAACAUGCACUCCAAGGUUGUCAUUAUCGGCUCAGGCCCCGCCGGCCACACCGCCGCCAUCUAUGCCGCUCGUGCAGACCUGCAGCCUGUCUUGUACGAGGGUUUCCUCGCUCUUGGAAUCGCAGCUGGUGGCCAGUUGACCACCACUGACGAGGUCGAGAACUUCCCUGGUUUCAUGAACAUCCAGGGUGCCACCUUGAUGCGCUUAGNNGACAACAUGCGCGCACAAUCCGAGGCUUGCGGUACUCAAAUCGUUACCCAGACUGUUGGAAAGGUCGACUUCUCCCAGAGACCCUUCAAGUUCUGGCUCCACCCCUUGGGCGACGACGAGAAUCUCGAGGAAGAGACACACACAGCCGACAGUAUCAUCAUUGCAACCGGUGCUAAGGCAAGAAGAUUGGAUCUGCCCGGAGAGGAGCAAUACUGGGGCAACGGUGUCAGUGCAUGCGCUGUGUGCGACGGUUCGCUUCCCAUCUUCAGACAAAAGCCUUUGGUCGUCAUUGGCGGUGGUGACUCGGCAGUUGAGGAGGCCAUCUACCUCACCAAGAAGGCUUCCAAGGUCACCGUGCUCGUUCGCAAGGACCAGCUCCGUGCCAGCAAGGCCAACGCCCGUAGACUGAGCACCAACCCCAAGGUCGAGAUCAAGUACAACACCGUUGCUACCCAGAUCACUGGUGAGGACAAGCCUCGUGGUCUCAUGACUGGCCUUACCAUCAAGAACAUUAAAUCCGGAGAGGAAGAGAGCAUUGAGGCCAAUGGUCUUUUCUACGCUGUUGGUCACGAGCCCGCCACUACCCUCUUCAAGGGACAAUUGAAGAUGGACGAGGACGGUUACUUGAUCACUGAGCCCGGGACCACACACACCAACGUCGAGGGUAUCUUUGCUGCAGGAGAUGUUCAGGACAAGAAGUACCGCCAAGCCAUCACCAGUGCUGGUAUGUAUCGUAGAAUGACUAGAUGCAACGCCCUCGCUAACGAUUGCAUUANNGGUUCUGGCUGCAUCGCAGCUCUCGAGGCCGAGAAGUUCCUCGCCGAGAACGAUGCCGACGUCGAGAAGUCGAUCGAGAACCAGGAGGUCAAGAAGAGUCAGACCGACAGCGAUGUUCCCGAAUACAAACAAAACCCUCUGCUUUAA